ACCGUCCGAUCUAGGGUCCAAUUGCCCACUUCUUGGGUUUUGACUACGACCACCCCGAAUUUGUUGCGCAGUCUCUUUGUUUCUGAUCAAACCCUAGCUUGUGAAAGAAACCCCGAUCUCCGUCUGCGAUUAUGGCUCCGAAACGUCCGUCACCGUUGGAUGAGCCACCGGCAGCGUCUUCCUCUGAGGAAGAAGAAACCUCAUCUGGCGAGGAAGAGGAAGGCGUCUCCAGAGAUGGAUCUUCCUCUGAAGAAGAAGAGGAUGAAGAAGAAACUCAAGCUCCGAAAACCAAGAAGUCUUCUGCUCUACCUUCUACUCCAGCGGUGGAGAAAAAAGCCGCUCCGAAGAAGUCUGAUUUACCUACUAACUCUCAGGCUCAGUCUUCUUCCUCGGAGAGCGGCUCCGGAUCCGAUUCCGAUUCGGAUUCUGAGUCCGGACGGAAUGUGAAGCCGAUCGCCACUAAGCCAAUGGAAGAGACUCCGAAGGUGAAGAAGCCCAGAUCCAAGCCUUCUACGUCAGCUACGCCUGCGAGGUCGGCUUUGAAGCGGCCUAGUGAGACGACGAAAGAUGCAAAACGGGCAAAGAAGAGUUCUGAGGCUGACGCAGAUGACAGCGUAGUUGCGGAAGACGAUUCCAAGAAAUCCGUCGACGAAUCCAAGAAGCUGUUUCAGCGACUAUGGAGUGAGGACGAUGAGAUAGCUAUACUGAACGGCAUGAUUGAUUAUUCAACCAAGAAAGGUGCUGAUCCAGCCCUAGAUAUGAAUGCAUUUCAUGAUUUCAUCAAGAAAUCUCUUCACGUCGACGUAACCAGGGCCCAAUUAAUGGAUAAGAUUCGUCGACUGAAGAAGAAAUAUAGGAACAAUGCCGAUAGAGGGAAGAAGGGUGCAGAUCCAACAUUCACGAAGCCCCACGAGCAGAAAGGCUUUGAACUGUCAAAGAAAAUAUGGGGCGGUGAAGGGACUGCUCGGACUCCCAUUGUGGAGCAGCCCAAGCCUAAUGCUAACGGCACUCCUAAGAAGAAUCAAAGAGGUAGCACCAGUAGGUCACUGGCUUCACUGAAAGCUGAGUUGCUUCCUUCUCCAGAUGCCCCUAAGGAAGAUGAUAAGAUGAAAAUUGAUGAUAACGAAAUUCCUUCAGGCUGCUUGAAUGGUUUUGUUGCAUUCGAAAGGGCUUUGGGUGCUGUUGGCUUGCCGGAAAGUUUUCUGAAGCCAGGACUAGAGUUAAUAGGGCAAUCAAAGAGAACAGAGCUGGAGGAGGAGUGGAAGAAAGUGCACCUGGCGGAACUGGAACUCUUUCUGAAGCGGACGGAGUUGAUUCGGGACCAGGCAAAGUUGAUACUUGAGGCGUACAAGUCGUCCAACAAGUAAGGGUUUUCCGUUUUGGACAUUGGAUAAGUAUAAAACCAUGAGUUCCCAGGUUGAUAAUUUAGAGCUGAAUUUUGUUCAAGGUGUUUGUUCUUGUUUUGUCUAGGGUUUACUGAUUGUUAUACUUGUAGGUUGUCUGAUUUUAUGAAUAUCCUCUAGAUGUUAGGGUAACUUCUACAGACCAUGUUUAAAUUAAAUCUCUACUUCUGUUUGAGAAUCCUUGCUCUAUAUAUAUUUGGUGUUCAUGUCA